AUUGGCCGAAGCAGUGAGUGGACGGCCGCGGAUUGGCUGCGCUCAGCGGCGGGCUGAGCAACUGGAAUGAGAAGAGCAGUUGGGCCAAGAUGGCGGCCGCAGAAGGACUAGUGGGCGACGGCGAGCUGUGGCAGACCUGGCUUCCUAACCACGUCGUGUUCCUGCGGCUCCAGGAGGGACUGAAAAACCAGAGUCCAGCCGAAGCUGAGAAACCAGCUUCUUCGUCGUUGCCUUCGUCGCCGCCGCAGCAGUUGCUGACGAGAAACGUGGUCUUUGGCCUCGGCGGAGAGCUCUUCCUGUGGGACGCAGAAGACAGCUCCUUCUUAGUCGUUCGCCUUCGGGGCCCCGGCGGCGGCGAUGAAGAGCCCGCCCUGUCCCGGUACCAGAGAUUGCUUUGCAUAAAUCCACCCCUGUUUGAAAUCUAUCAAGUCUUGUUAAGUCCAACACAACAUCAUGUAGCACUUAUAGGAAUAAAAGGACUUAUGGUAUUAGAAUUACCUAAGAGAUGGGGGAAGAAUUCUGAAUUUGAAGGUGGAAAAUCAACAGUGAAUUGUAGUACCACUCCAGUUGCUGAGAGAUUUUUCACCAGUUCUACCUCUCUGACUCUAAAGCAUGCUGCAUGGUAUCCAAGUGAAAUACUGGAUCCCCACAUAGUGCUGUUAACAUCAGACAACGUAAUAAGAAUUUACUCGCUACGUGAGCCCCAGACACCCACUAAGGUGAUUAUACUUUCAGAAGCCGAAGAGGAAAGCCUAGUACUCAAUAAAGGAAGGGCGUAUACUGCAUCUCUAGGAGAGACAGCAGUGGCAUUUGACUUUGGGCCAUUGGCAGCAGUCCCAAAGACCCUAUUUGGACAAAAAGGCAAAGACGAAGUAGUGGCAUACCCACUGUACAUCUUAUAUGAGAAUGGAGAGACUUUCCUGACAUACAUCAGUCUGUUACACAGCCCUGGAAAUAUUGGAAAGCUGUUGGGUCCGUUGCCCAUGCAUCCCGCGGCUGAAGAUAACUAUGGUUAUGAUGCUUGUGCUAUCCUCUGCUUACCCUGUGUCCCCAAUAUCUUAGUGAUCGCCACUGAAUCAGGAAUGCUGUAUCACUGUGUCGUGCUAGAAGGGGAAGAAGAAGAUGACCAAGCAUCAGAAAAGUCCUGGGAUUCCAGGAUUGACCUCAUUCCUUCUCUGUAUGUGUUUGAAUGUGUUGAGUUGGAGCUUGCUUUGAAACUGGCAUCUGGAGAGGAUGACCCUUUUGAUUCUGACUUUUCUUGUCCAAUCAAACUUCAUAGAGAUCCCAAGUGUCCUUCAAGAUACCACUGUACUCAUGAAGCUGGUGUACAUAGUGUUGGGCUAACUUGGAUUCAUAAACUUCACAAAUUUCUUGGAUCAGAUGAAGAAGAUAAGGAUAGUUUACAGGAACUCUCUACAGAACAGAAAUGCUUUGUUGAACACAUCCUUUGUACGAAGCCAUUGCCCUGCAGGCAUCCGGCUCCAAUUCGAGGAUUUUGGAUUGUCCCUGACAUUCUGGGCCCCACGAUGCUCUGCGUCACCAGUACCUAUGAAUGCCUCAUCAGGCCUUUACUAAGUACAGUCCAUCCAGCGUCUCCUCCCCUUCUUUGUACUCGAGAAGAUGUUGAAGUGGCAGAGUCUCCUCUCCGUGUUCUGGCUGAAACCCCAGAUUCCUUUGAAAAGCAUAUUAGAAGCAUUUUGCAACGUAGUGUUGCCAAUCCAGCAUUUUUGAAAGCUUCUGAAAAGGACCUAGCCCCUCCUCCUGAAGAAUGCCUUCAGCUCCUCAGCAGAGCCACCCAGGUGUUCAGAGAGCAGUACAUUCUCAAACAGGACUUGGCCAAGGAGGAGAUUCAGCGGAGGGUCAAAUUAUUAUGUGACCAAAAAAAGAAACAACUAGAAGAUCUCAAUUAUUGUCGAGAGGAGAGGAAAAGUCUGCGGGAAAUGGCUGAGCGUUUAGCUGACAAAUAUGAGGAAGCUAAAGAAAAACAAGAGGAUAUCAUGAACAGGAUGAAAAAAGUACUUCACAGUUUUCACUCUGAGCUCCCAGUUCUCUCUGAUAGUGAGCGAGACAUGAAGAAAGAAUUACAGCUGAUACCUGAUCAACUUCGACAUUUGGGCAAUGCCAUCAAACAGGUUACUAUGAAAAAGGACUAUCAGCAGCGAAAGAUGGAGAAGGUGUUGAGUCUUCAAAAACCCACCAUUACUCUCAGUGCCUACCAGCGGAAGUGCAUUCAGUCCAUCCUGAAGGAGGAGGGUGAACACAUAAGGGAAAUGGUGAAGCAAAUCAAUGAUAUCCGCAAUCAUGUAAACUUCUGACACCACCAGGAGCUGACUCACACCUGAAGUGAACACCACUGAAGGCUUAAACCCAUAUUGUAAAACAGGUAGCAUUAUCUAAUUUAUAAAAAGGCAUUUUGGAUGACCUUUGGUGUGGUUGUUCAUCUUUUUAAAUAUUUUGUUUUAUAAUUAUUGAAUAAAUGUUUUUAUUUAAAA